CUAACGUUUGUCAUGUUCACCUGGACUGUGAUCCAUUAUUUCAUGAUACUCAUUUGAAAAAUGCUAAUGUUCUUUAUCUGUCAAAGUAAAUCAUUUCGAAAUAUUGGACAACCGUUAUGAAUUAUUUAUUAUUGCCGUCAUGAAAUGAAAUAAUUAACGGAGAUUUGAUUGACAUGUGCAUAUCAAGCUCAGCAAGUCAUCGAAUGGCUUCACAACAACAAUGCAAACUUAAUCGGAGGGGUCAGUUAAUUUUGGUUAGAUGAAGCGAAAGACUGUGAGGAGUUGUGCAGCAAGGUGUGUGUCGUGUGUGUGUGGGCUUUGUUAUUGAAGAACGAGCGAAGGAAGAACCUUGUUUCAUGUCUAAUUUGUUCUAUAAUUUUGCCAUGCCAUUUACGUGCAUGUUGUCAGAAGGAGGAGGGUGACUUGAUGAGUUGAGCGUAUCUGAUGAUCCAUGCUGAUGGUUAUUUAGUCUCAUUAGUGGCUUUGGACCGUGCGCAAUAAGGUAUUCAAGGAGGAGGAGGUCAUUUUGCACUUUGUGACGUUCUGCGGGUUUGCAGGAGCAUCUAUCUUCCCCAUCCAUCCAAAGGGCUCGAUUCGAACAGAAGAUCCGACCGAGCAGAUCGGCAUUAAUUAAAACUCUGCAAAACCACAGUUGGACGCCUUUUUAGAAUACCUUACACGUUUCGGUUCGAAAUGGUUUUGUUGGAAUUCUGCUGAGUGGUGGUGGUGGUGGUUGUGGAGAGAAAGAGCUGAAAGGGGUAGGCGUUUAAGGAAUUCAAAUUGCUGACUGUAAAUCUCGGUGGAUUUUUUGUUGCCUGUCAAAAAUCUGAAGAGAGCAAUUAGAUCACUUGAACCCAUCCAAGUAAAUGGUUCCGAAUGUGAUGCCCCUGCUGAGCAUCAUCAUUAUUAUCAUCAACCCUUUCUGACUGCUGCUGCUGCUGCUGUGUCGAAUUGCAUCGAUCCGCAAUUGUAAUUACUUGCGGGAUAGGACAAUGCACGAUUAUUGUGUGAAUGUCAAUGUGGUGGAGGAUUUAAUGUCUUUGAAGUCGUAAAACCAAAUUGCCAACUCGUUCGUCAAACCAUCGAGUCGUUUAAAUUAUACUCUCGCGUUGGAUGGUGAGCUACAGAAGCACACAUUACGUGCACAUCACAUCAAUUCACACUACGUAUACAUACAUACUUAUUAUGCCAAAAAAUAAGAAAGGGUCGAGUUCAAGUCAUUUACAGUGCAGCUGCUCCUUUUAGUGCUUCGUUUAAAUACAGAAGUAAUUUGGUUCCCAUAAUCUCAAGAAUUUUAAAGUCAAAACUUGUUCCUUGCAAACUGGAGAUAAUUAGAAGAGAUAUUAAGUGAGAGGAGUGCUUAAGAAAUGGUUCGGACACGACGUGCUGGGAGUAAGAGUGGUGUGGAAGAUGGGGAUGUGGAUUGGGCCAAGUUUCUCUACGAUGAUGGGGAUCAGCUCGUCACGGAAGAAGUCUCCGUGAUUCCCAAAAAUAUUGUGGCUGAGAGGAGGAAACGUCUCGAAGGCCUUCUGAGCAAGCGAGGAGAUGAGCUCGAAACCUGUGUCGAUGAUUCCGACGGAGGCGGCGACGGUGACACGAAAUCGUCUCGAACCAUUUCACCGAGUGUGGACAAGCGUCAUGCCGUCCUCUGCUUUGACCCCAACGCGGACUCCUUCUCCCUCAAAGAUCUGAACACCACCAACGGGACUUUUCUCAACAACCGAAGGAUUUCCUCAGAUCGUCCGGAGACGCUGAACAACAUGGACCUACUCCGCUUCGGUUUUGACUCCAACGUGUACGAGGUCCGAUUGGGAACGGCAGCUGCAGGGCCUGAGAUUCAGCAGAAUGACCAGAACGUGACUUACUUUCCCGCAUCAACAACGCCACAAAGUCGUCCGAGCAGCAGCGGUGGCGAAAUUGGGCUCGGAGGAGGGGGAGGUGCUCCUCAUGUGAUGCAGCAAAGUGGUGGUGGUGGUGGGAGAGGAAAUAGUUUAUACGGAAGUCGAGUCUCUUCCCCCUCACUCACGCUGGACAGUGGGCGAGGGUCAAGUUCAGCACCCUCCAGUCCUGCCAAGGAAAUGAGCCCCGUUCCUCCAGGAUCUUCUCACCUUUACUCCCCAAACCUCUCCAGGAAAAUGACCAAGUCUUCCUCUGCGGAACCCACACCAAACAGACUGCUCCUUACUUCCAGAAACAAUAGUCGCGAACAGUUGGCGUCACCACUCGUGAGGAAGGACUCGCUGGAAAAUGAGAUUGACGGUUUAAUCAGCACUAACAAGGCUGCAUUUCAUCAUCAAAAUAAGGACUGUAGUAAUAAAAGUGCAGUGAUUGGUGACUUGGACGAUUUAAAUGUGCCAAAUGAAGUUUUUGACGAGAAACUUGAACCCAAAGAAGAGGUGCCACUCGCUAUGAGUGUUUCCAAACCAGCUGGUAAUUCUCCUCGCCCACAAUCACUUUGUAGCAGCAUUGACACUGCACAUUCUGCACCAGAAUCAUCGCAUUCCAUCAGUGCACCCACCACCAGCACACCCACUCCUUUGUACGGCACCCCUCACUGGUGGCCUCAACCCAAGGAAGAUGAUGACGACAACUUCUCACCCUCCUCGGAUAACAACAAGCAGCUUGUCGACGAUUCCACCAGCAAUGAUGAUGGCCAGUCAGAUUAUCGUGCACAGUCUCUCGUUGGAGCGGACGCUGGACCACUCAGCAUUAAUUCCGAGAGCAACAUGAGCGUGGACAGUGAUGCGAGUGACAAGAAGAAGAUCUCUCCCAUGGCAUUCACUGUUGACUUCGACGAUGGGCCGAAAAGGUUUGGAAUUUCGGACUCGAUCAGCAAGUUUGCACCAAAGCACAGACGCAAUAUUAGUUUGACAAAGUCGGAGGAUAUCGCAUCCAGAAGAACUUCGGAUACUCCUGCUCUUGCUUCAAAGAAAGAACCAUCGUCAUUAACGUUAAAUUCAUCCCUCUUCAAUAAUAACAAUAAAUCAGUCAUCGAAAGUGACAUUGAUUUGACUGAGAAACAGAAUGUGGUGUCAAAGUGUUGUUCGUCAAGAUUUAUCAAAGGAAAAGUAGUUCCUCCUCCUGCCAAAAUCGCCCCAGUUGCAACAACUUCAGCCUUGGACAAUAAUAACAAAAUCAUAACUCGAGAGAUUGACAGUUCAGCUGCAAAGAAACCUGAGAGUGAAACUCCCGUGAGCAAAAUGAACAAGCCAAAAUUAUCCAGUGGUAGUUUAUUUUCAAGACUUACCAAGUCUUCUCCACCACAAGCAGACCAAAAAUGUGUCGAAGGCAGCAGCGAAUUGCUGCUUCAUCCCGUUAAGAAGACGAUGAAGUUUCAAUCAAAAAUGGACACAAUUUCGCCUCCAAGCAGUGCUCAAGCGGCAAGGAAUACUACUACUGUUACCACUCAUGUGGAGAAAACUAGUGGCUCGCCAUCAUCCAAAGUUAAGGACGCAGAUAAAGAUGUGGAUGAUGCUUCGAGUGAGACUGGUACGUACACGGUGGAGAAGGAAGAGCCAGCAGUUGAAAGGGCAAGAAAAAGUAUUGCAAAAAUGUUGGGAGUGCCCAGUGAGAGUGACAUCAGUAGUGGCAUUCGUGGUGGUUCCGCUGUUGUCGAAGAAGACGGAAAUUCUGCAGCUCCAGAAUGGAUUCAUGAAUGGGCUGAAAAGGCUGCAAUUCUUCACAAAAAGAACAAAGAUUUCAACCCCUUAUCGGAUACUCAACUUCUUUUACAAGAAACUGAGACUGUUGUAAGCGCUAUGCAAGCCAGAGUUACACGUCACUUGUCAAACGGCAGUCCGCAGCAUAACUCUGAUUCUGACGACGAAGCCACCGUUUCGCACAACAGCCCUCCCAAGUUGAUGAACCGAUUUAAACGACCAACCACUCUAGCAGCACGAAACAAUACUGUGGCAAAUUCUAGUCCAAUGAGGUUACCACGUGAAGCGUCCGUUCUGUCCGAUUCCGGAUAUCAAGUUGGAUACCAGUCUGACAGUUCCAACGACGGCGUGAGAGAGUUUGGCACUACCAAAAACAUUGAUGGUGCCAAAAUGAACAGAGCAUUCAACAUACGGCGAGGAAGAAUUGGCUACGAUUCAGACGGAUGCGCAGUUGCACCGUUAAAUCGACAAAGUUUGGCAGUUUCUGGGCCAACUCGAGGAAUCUCUCCCAGACCAAGUGGCAGCGUAUGCAGCUCGAGCGGAAUAGCCCCAUCAGCAACGUUUUCCCGCAAUGAUGGGGGUCGAUUUAGUCUUCGCAUGAUCAAAUCUAGAACAACCCCCACUACUACUCAAAUGCCUCCUCCAAUUGCUGCUCCCAAUCGAACAACCCCAAAACCUAGUGGAAUCAGUGUUGGGAACCGUUGCGCUUCUUCCGGGGGACGCAUUGACCCCAACACGAAAAGACGACAAAGUUUACACACCCCAACAGCCUCCUCUUCAACCCAUCUUAGUUCCUCCAACUCGACGGCAAACAAUAAUAAUUUCAAUCCCCGCAAACCCCCAACCGGAAGCAGGAGCAACUCCACGUUGACAGCAAAAGAAGUAGAAAUGGCCAAUUGGCGUCGAAGGAAAAGCUAUGAUCCAUUGAAGGCGGCCGCUGAGGCGAGGAAAAAGCGGGGAACAUCGUCCGCUUUAGAAACCACUCUUGAUGAUAUCUCUCCAACAAGUAUAAGUCAUCAAUCAGCAGCUUUCCUGAGUAAAUCUAUGUCAUUCCAUUCCGAGCACCAGUUUCCAAUAAAGUGUCCAUCAGAAGAAGAGGACAUGAUUUACGUUGUGGACGAGAUUGAUAGUUCACAUUCAAACUCGCCCAUUCACAUCCCUAUGAGCAGGUCGUCUCAUGAAGACGGACAUUAUUAUGGAAUGUCAUCAUCGCAUUCGUCAAUUAGACCUAAAAGUAACAAAUUGGAGGCUUUGGACAAUCUCGUAAUAGCAACAAUUCACAGUUUAUCAAACAAAGUCAGAACAUCUUCACGUCAUCUGCUGGAAAAAUUACAAAUGCAACAUAUCGACAAUGAAAACGGAGCCUUGUUGGAGGAAAUGGUCAAUCAGCUUAAAGAGUUGGAGCUGUCCAGUACUAAUUCGUCUCCAAACAAGAGUCCUUCCCGUGAACUAUCAGGAACUCUCAAAAAUCUCAAAAAAUUAGAACAAGUCAUAUUAGUCUUAGACCGAGUUUUAUGUGAUGAUUCUGGAUCUGAUGCAAAUAAUUGAAGAUAUUUUCCCUGUUCAAACUUUAUUUUGCAACCUUAAUACCUGUUUUCCAUUGAAGAUAAAACUAUAUCUACACCGUAAGAAAAUUAAUUGCGUCUGCACGGAAGAUUUCAAAGCUAAAUAUGCCGAAUUUUAUGAUAAAUCAAUCGCUAUAAAGUAUAUUAUCACGAUUAGUAGUUUAAUAUGUAUGUUAGUAGAAUGAUCAACUUGCGUGAUGUGAUAUGUGAAAAGCUAAAAGCUUUAUUAUGAUUAUUAAAAUAUAUGUAUCUAUGCACAUACAAAAGUUUUUUGGUAUCAAUAAAUCCAAGAGUCAGGAACUGA